AGUUGUGUUUAUAGCUGCAUGUGUUUCCUGGAUCAGUCUGUUUCAGUGCUAGCAGCAGCAGCAGCAGGCAUGCUCUAUGGACAAGGAUCAUUUUCCCGUGCAUCCUGUAAUUUACUGGAAGGAGAAUUUUGCUGCACCAAGGAUGGAGCACUGUGCGGAUGAUUUGCCUCUUAUGGCUAACACAAGCCACAUUCUUGUAAAACAUUAUGCACUCGACUUUGAUGUAUGCUUUGACAGUCAAACCAUCACAGGGAACAUUGUUUUGUUCCUUGAACCCAUUAAUAAAUGUAAAAGAGUUACUGAAGACCCCUGCUUGUUAAAGCCAUCCGAAACCUGCUCAACUUGUGUACCCGAAAAAACUUCAUGUAAUGUGUCAACUUUCAGAUCCUGUUCUUUAAACACCGUGAAUAAAGAUUGUACCACCAGUGUUAUAGGUGAAAGAGAUACUUCUGGAAAGUGUGAUAACCAUGGCAAGAAGAAACAGGCUUCUGGGAUUACUAGUUCCGAGAACUGCUGUGACAGAGGGAAUCAUGGGAGCAAGGAUUUUGUUCUGGUGCUGGAUUGCUGUGAUUUAUCUGUAUUUAAGGUCGAAGAGGUGGAUGUCACUGCUGUGCCACAUACUGAAAAAUGUGUGAGUUCUGCCUGGCCACAUGGGGAAUCAAAACAGCAUAUAAGCCUAUUAUCUGAUCUUGUGACUCUACCUGCCAGCCACUGGAAGGAACAGCUGUUCUACCACACACAGUGUAGCCAGGCACCUGGAUGUGGUGAUCUCACGUUUAUCUUGGACACAUGGAGUCUGCAGAUCAGCAAAGCAGGAGUAAAAGUUCCCACAAACUUCCCCUCUGUUAUACGAAUAUGGUACAAAACAACUGCAGAGGGACGGUCAGUGAAGUGGACCAAAGACCAGAGUGGAAGGCCGUGUGUUUAUACAAUUGGAUCUCCCAUUAACAACAGAGCACUGUUUCCAUGUCAAGAGCCACCUGUGGCAAUGUCAACCUGGCAUGCCACAGUCAGAGCUGCCAAUGGCUUUGUUGUUUUGAUGAGUGGUGAAAAUGCUGCUGUUCCUAAACAUUGCCGUGGAGGAUUCCACAAUUGGUUUUACUAUGUGACAAUGCCUAUGCCAGCUUCUACAUUUACCAUUGCCAUUGGAUGUUGGGAAGAAGUUAAAGAAAUCCUGAGAACUACUGACAAAAAUAUGGAUAUUUGUACACCUUUAAAUAUGGAUUACAACAGGUUAUUGAUGAAGCAAUGCAGACAUAUGGAUUAUCCCUGCCGCUUCGGCAGCCCUCAAGCUCAUUCACAGUCAGUGAUCCCUCACAGGAUAUUUGCCCCACAUUGUUUGUUGGCCAAGUGCUUGGAGAUACUGUUUCCUUUACUUCCUCGAUGCCUUGAGGCUGCACAUGCAGUGUUGGGUACUCACCCCUUUUCUAGACUUGAUAUACUUAUCGUCCCAUCCAACUUCUCAAGUCUGGGAAUGGCAAGCCCACACAUCAUCUAUCUGUCUCACAGCAUACUAACUGGAAGAAACGAUCUAUGUAUGACACGUGUUUGCCAUGAAAUUGCACAUGCUUGGUUUGGUUUGGCAAUUGGUGCACGUGAUUGGACAGAAGAAUGGAUAAGUGAAGGAUUUGCUACACAUUUGGAGGAUGUACUUUUAACAAAUGUUAAAAAGUUGUUGGCAGAAGAAGCAAAGGAACUGCAUGAAUUGAAAGCUUUGCUUCGAUUGAGGCGUCUGACUGAUGAAGUGAAGAAUUCUCAGGAAGAUUUGCAAAUACUAAGGCCCCAUGGAGAGAAUUCUGGAGAAGUGAGUGCAUCUGGUGCGUCCAUGGUCAGACACGGACUCAAUGCAGAGAAGAUCUUUAUGCAAGUUCAUUAUUUAAAGGGAUAUUUCUUGCUGCGGUCCAUGACAAAUAAAAUUGGACAAGAUCCUUACUUUUCAUUUUUGAGGAAAUUUGUGAAUACAUUUCAUGGACAACUAAUCCUGUCUGAGGAUUUUUUCCGCAUGAUGUUUGAAAGUGUUCCAGAACAAAAUCAACAGGAUCUUUCUGUUGAAUCCAUCUACCAAAUAUGGCUUGACACUCCUGGGAUACCAAAGCCCUUGCUGGACGAGAGCCAGACUUGGAAGAGAAACAGACUGGUUGAGCAAGUGAAUGAAGAGGUCUCAAAGUGGAUUCGAUUAAACCAGAGAAACAGGAGAGGCACCAAGCGAAAACGACAACACUGCGAAGAGUUUGAUCAAAAGAUUCUACCAGACCAGCUAGUUUUGCUUCUGGACUUAUUACUGGAAGAGAAUACUUUAAGUGCCAGGACCCUGCACUACCUAAAGAAGACAUAUGGACUACAAGACCAUGAUUCAGAGGUUCGCCAUCGGUGGUGUGAACUGGUAAUAAAGCAUAAAUUCACAGCGGCCUAUAAGGAUGUGGAAACAUUCCUACAUGAAGAUCAGGCCAUGGGUGUGUAUCUCUACGGAGAACUAAUGGUGAACGAGAAUGCCAGACAGCAAGAACUUGCACACAGAUGCUUUGCUGCUGUCAGAGAUCAAAUGGAUGUAUCCUGUGUAAAAGUGGUGGGAGAAAUGUUAUUUUAGUGAAAUUACUUCCAUAGAGCGAUACUGUGAUUAAACCAGCCAAGCGCUCAGUGGGUUCUUCUUAACCUGAGUUAAACUUGACAGGAUUAAGAGCGGCACUACGGCUAGAUUACUUGUUCUAGCUUGGAAUAGAACAAUAUUUUAUUUGGCGCAGGGCCUUCAGGGAACUUGCAAGACACCAACAACAAAGGGGUUGUGAUACUUUUUUAACGUGUGAAUAAGAAAAUCAUGUGCCUAGACUGUCUGUAAUGUGUCCUCUAAAUUUUAUAAUUCUUUGUCUUUUUUCAUAUAAAAAAAUAAAUCCAGUUUUACUGGCGUACACAAAA